GGAAGCGAACGGCGUCGAUAUUCGCGAUUUGUGUCGCGAAUCCUUUUCCCGAUCACCACGACCUCUCAUCUCACAUCUGCUCAUCCUGAGCAAACAUAGCAGCACCAUGCCUGCCAGUUUAAGAACACCAGUCUUGCAGGUCGAUGCAAACGUCAUCCACCAGGUCGACACGAGCAAUGCAGACAAUCUGUUCAGCAUGUGGACAGUCUUUGCGAGGUGUGCAGACUCAGUCCACCAAGGUCGCCGUUUAGAAAAUCUCAGCUGGCGCCUGUGGACAAGAGAAACCUUUUGCUGCGAGGGGGGUGACCAGACCGAGGCCACCACGACUACCCUACCUAAGGAGAUCACACAGCAUCGCGGAUCUUCAACAGUGGACGAAAUUCCCCAGCUUUCCGGCAGCGUCGACUCUGUGGCAGACGAGGAGGCAGUGGAGUUCACCUCGGAAUCAGCACCCAUGGAGAUCCUGCGACCCAGGAUAAGAAGACAGGACUCGUGCGCUAGCAGCCGAAGCCGUGGCAAGGAACGUCACAUUACCUCGGAUGACCUGGAGAAGAUGGUCGUCUCUAUUGUCCAGGCCAAGCAGCCGCUCAGCGCUCCUCUGCCCGAACUUUCCCCGUCUAUCACUCUUGCGGCUCUGGAGAAGAUCCCUUCUUCACCCUCACAACUCGAGCGGUCGGGCUCGACCACCACUGAGUCGCCUUGCAAGAGCUCCAACACGCCCUCCGUGGAGUCAUUGCAGCAGGCCCCUUUAUCCGACAUGGCCUCUUCCCAGACACACACCACCGUUGUCCGUGGAUUCUCACCCUCUCAAAUUCCCCUCACCUGUAUCACCUCGCAGCCUGCCAAGUCUACCUCGCCAAGCGCCAUCCCCGAACCGCAAGACCGCCCGGCACCCAAGCUUGUUCAGCCUAAGAAGCAGCAAGCUAUGUUCGCUCUGGGCGGCUCCUCGGGCGAGGAUUCGUACAGCGAGCCAGGGCAUAGCCUGGAGACGCGAAAGCAACCCGCCCCCCCGGCGAAGGUCUUCCGUGUUGGAUUGUCGUCAGGAGAGGAGAGCUCUCUGAAGAGUGCCCUCCACUCGUCAGACCCAAACUCGCCACCCACCGCGCAGAAGACGGCAUCGUUCAGCAACCAGGUCAUGACCAGAACAUUCGCAACCUCGGCCAUUGACGACGAGCAAUCCGAGACGGACUAUGUGGAUGAGAGCGCGAUUGACGAUGACGAUGACUCUUCGGAUUGGGAGGACUCGAUUGAGGAUAGUGGGAAGUCGAGUAUGGACGAGAAGGUUACAUUCCAGCGAGACAACUCGAAGGCCAACUUGCCAUCGCGCCGAUCUCUCAUCACCCUGAUGCUGGCCCAGAACGACCGCUCGCAGAAGCUUGGGAACGUGGCGUCUCAAUCGACCUCGGCUAUUUCACGUACCCGGCCCUCACGCCACGCACAUACCCUGGUCGCCUCGCCAAGUGAUUCGGACGAAUCUCCUCUGGAGAUGAAGAGAGCUUCCCGCCCGCCUCCAAUGAGAGCUAUCAACGAGAUUCCUAGAUCAGCUGCUCAGCCUAUCGUGACAGCCAACCACGGCAUCCACUACCAGGCCGCCCUUUCCCCGCGGACUACCCGGCGCAACAUGCUUGCCACCGAACUGACCGAGUCGCUUCGCCGCCAUCUCCUAUGGGAACGAUCCCAGAAGACCUCGACCGUCAACGCAGUCCUCAAGCGCCGGCACACCUCCCACGACGUGGCUAAUCUGAAGCAAUACCCUGACGCCCCGUGCAUCAAGAAGGAAGAGGACGACGUCAACGCGGGCAGCUGGGACGAGUACCUGAACAAGGAGGCCUUCACCGGCUACCACUCGCAGGGCUGGUAAUAGUGCCCUGAGAUCACCCAUUGGAACGACGAAUAAUCCCACGGCGUCAAUUGUGCAUAUACCCAAUCAUCAUUACACCAAACCCCCCCCCCCCGAGAUACCCAGUGGGCGGCGGCCUACUCCGAGUGCCGUCAGGCAGAUUUACUGCCGUGUAUACUCAACACCGAGCAUUAUCGAGCGCGAUCAGCCCAAAACGUGCAUUGCUGGCCGGCGUUUUUUAUUCCAUAUUUCCACGCAUGUGGUCG